AUGAGUUCAAUUGAUUUUGAGUCAUAUGCAAAAAAUAUAGAUCAAUGGUAUAAUGACGAAGAAUUUCUUGGAUUAAGGACAGCAUCAGAACUAUGUAUGAUCUUUGAUUAUUGUUCUUUUAGUUCACAACAAUUUCUUGAAACUUUUUCAAUCAUCAGCAAGAAUUUCAAAUAUUCAGAUGUCUUCUGGAUUUGUCAACACACCAAAAUCGAUAAUUUCGAAAACGGUGAUGCCAUAAUUAAAAUUCUCGAAUUUUUAUCAAAAAUUUUCAACAAUCGUAUUCUUAGUGAUAUUGUUUCAUUCAUUAAAAUCAACAAUAUUAUAAGCAAUCAAAAGAAACAGAAUUACAAAAAAUAUUUAUUGAAUUGCUAUAAAAAAUCAGAUGACUUUGAUAAGAUUUAUAAUAUCAUAUUAAAUGCGAUAAAAGAAGGUGAUAAUGAAGCAAUUGAAUUUGCAGGAGAAUUUGGAUAUUGCAAUAUCAGUGAUGGUUAUGGCACUCCAUUAAUUCAUUAUGUUCUAGAAAAACAAAACAUUGAUGUUAUAAAAGGAUUUUGUGCUAUACCAAACAUAGACAUCAAUGCGCGAAAUAAAUAUAGAAAAACAGCAUUACAUAUUGCUGCAACAAAAAAUAAUCCAGAAAUUUUGAAAGUAGUUUGUUCUGUUUCAAAUGCCGAUAUAAAUGCUACAAACUCUUUUGGUGAAACUCCACUUCUGUUGGCUGCUCAAUUUCAAACUUUUGAAGCCGUAAAAUAUUUAUGUUCAUUUCCAAACAUUGAUAUAAAUACAAAAGAUUCUGAAAGAAAUAGUGUAAUUCAUUAUGCAGCUCGAAAUGAUAAUCCUGAGUUCAUCAAACUUAUUUGCUCAUUUCCACAAGUUGAUAUCAAUGCAACUGAUGCCGAUGCAAAUUCAGCCAUUCAUCUUGCAGCUCAAAAUUAUUAUCCUGAAGUAAUAAAAUAUCUUUGCUCUCUUCCAGAUAUCGAUAUUAACCAAACUAAUGAUUUUGGAAAAAAUGCAAUUCAUUACGCUGCUCAAAAUGAAAAUAUAGAAUGCAUUAAAAGUCUUUGUUCUUAUCCAAAUAUUCAACUCGAUGUAAAAGAUCCCAACAAAAACACAAUUCUUCAUCUUGCAGCUCAAAAUUAUUAUCCUGAAGUAAUAAAAUAUCUUUGCUCUCUUCCAGAUAUCGAUAUUAACCAAACUAAUGAUUUUGGAAAAAAUGCAAUUCAUUACGCUGCUCAAAAUGAAAAUGUAGAAUGCAUUAAAAGUAUUUGUUCUUAUCCGAAUAUACAACUCGAUGUAACAGAUUCCGACAAAAAUACAGUCCUGCAUCUUGCAGUUCAAAAUAGAAAUCCUGAAGUAAUAAAAUAUCUUUACUCUCUCCAAUAUUUUGAUAUUAACCAAGCUAAUAGCAAAGGAAUAUAUCCAAUUCAUUAUGCUGCUCAAAAUGAAAAUAUAGAAUGCAUUAAAAGUCUUUGUUCUUAUCCAAAUAUUCAACUCGAUGUAAAAGAUUCCUCUGAAAAUACAGUCCUUCAUUAUGCAGCACAAAAUAGUAAUCUAGAUGUAGUUUUAUAUGUCUGCUCUCUCCCAAAUAUUGACAUAAAUGCUAGAAACAAAUAUUUAACAACUACUCUUCAUUAUGGACUCAAAAAUACAAAUAUUGAUGUAAUAAAAUAUCUAUGUUCUCUUCCAAAUAUUGAUGUAAAUUCAAAAGGUUUUAAUGGUAGAACUAUUAUCCAUGAAGUUGCCACUGAACAAGAUAUAGAAUUAGUCAAAUUUAUUUUCUCUCUUCCAAAUAUUGAUCUAAAUGCAACUACAAAAGAUGAACGAACCGUUCUUCAUUAUGCAUUUAAUAACAAGAAUUUUGAAGUUAUAAACUACAUUUACAACAAAAUGAAGGAAAAUCUAUAUGACGAAAGACUAUUUGAUUCACUUAUGGACAUGGCAAAUAGAAGACAUAACAAAAAAAUGAUCGAUUACUUAAAUUCUAUACUUUAUAAUUGA